UCUGACAUUUGGUCACAUGACCACUAACCGCCUUCACUUCGUGCGUCCACUGUCACGUGGUCAUUCCUUCAACAUGGCCGCCACCUGGAAGGUGACCGGUAAGAAGUGAUUCCCAGUGAAUGCUGUUUUACUUCGGGUCUGGCAUUGGGUUAGAUCAAUCCUGUUGCAAAAUGCGGAAGAAAAUCUGAUCAAACCGAAAAGAUAUUUAACAGAAUAAUCCUUGUCAAAUGGAAUGGAAUAUCAAACUUUCAUGGAUUCUAAAUAAUUAAAGCUUUUCUUGGUACUGUGUGUCAGAAGAGAAUCUGCAGUAAUGUUGAAAAAUCCGGUCUUUGUGGAGUCAUUCAUUGUUUUCAUCAUUGUGCUGUCUGUCCACGCUGUAAUCUGGAACAGAUUUUCCUGGUGUACCCUCGCUUUAGCCGUUCAGGCUUAUUAUGUCCAGCACAAAUGGGACCGGCUCCUGAAAUCUGGCAAUGCAGUCUUUCAGUAUCGACCAGCUUUUAGCAGUGGGCUUCUGCCUGCCAGCGUUGUUUUGCCUCUUUUAGGAAUCGUGUUAAAGGAGAGAUGGGAAAUGAUUGGAAAUGUGCACUUUGAGCGGUUUUGUAUUGUGUGUUCUGCCGCAGGAAUGGCCAUUGCUCUAUUUGUCUCAUUACUGGUUUUAGGGCUCACAAAACCGAUUCCAACGAAUACCAGCAUCGUCUAUGGUUUUGCAGCCUGUGCCAUAACAUACACCUUUAAACACUCUCUCUCUGUGUCAGAAGUAAUUGAGAUUCUGGAGGUGUUAUUGAUCUUUGUCUAUCUCUCUCUCAUUGUCCUUUACAUCAUGCCCAGAAGCUUCACCCCAGGAGAAGUGAUGUUGUUCUUAUCAGGGUUAAGCAUAGUGACUAACCAGCUCAUCAAACGCUCCUUGACCUUUGGAGAUAGCAGAUGUGAUCCUCUUGCAUCAUUUCUAUUGGUGGCUGUGGUUGGCACGGCACUCCUGGGACUGAUUUUUACUAUUUUGUACUGUUUCAUGGACUCAGAGACGUGGGUUUCCUCACUGAUCUUCCACGUAAUGGUGAUUAUUUUUGGUUUGGGAAUUAUGGCACCAUGGUUCUACCGACUGACCAGGAAUGAUCUUUUUGUUUGGUUUCUCAAGUUCCUCAUCAGUACACGAACCAGGAUCUACCUACUCAGCUGCUGGUUCACCCUGGCAAUUGUUGCUACAGUCAUUGUUUUUUACCAGAACCUUAAGCAAUCAUCUACAUCCAAAGAUUACAAAGCUUCCACUGUUGUAAGGAAAAUCUUUCAUGCCAUUUUAGUGGCAACCUACGUCCCAGGCCUCAUCUUUGAUCGUCAGUUGCUCUACAUCGCUGCUGUGUUUUGUUUUGCUGCAUUUGUGGUGUUGGAAUACAUAAGGCAUUUUAGGAUCAAACCAUUUGGCAUGACAUUGAGAUCAAUGCUGACCCUGUUCCUUGAUGGCCGUGAUAGCGGGCCCUUGAUCCUAACACAUAUUUACCUGCUGCUGGGGUUAACCCUGCCCGUUUGGCUGUUUCCUGGAGUUUUUGUUCCCAAAAGUUCUUUUCCUGGGGAGAUAGCUUUGGCUCCGUAUGCUGGAGUCCUGGCUGUUGGGAUUGGUGAUGCCAUGGCUUCUGUUUUUGGAAGCACAAUGGGGGAGGUUAAAUGGCCUGGAACGAAGAAAACCUUUGAAGGAACAGCGACCUCUGUGUUUGCCCAGAUCAUUGCUGUUGCUUUGAUUUUGAUCUUUGAUAAAACAGUGAGUCUGAAUGGCAGCUACACCUGGAUUGUGGGAUCCAUUACUAUCGUCUCUCUUCUGGAAGCAUACACUGAUCAAAUAGACAAUCUUUUUUUGCCUUUGUAUCUUUUCAUUAUGCUGAUGGUGUGAAGGGGAUUACUGGCAUGACUGACUUUGCAGUUAAUGUGUUGUGUUUUCCUGCUCUCAGUGUACCACUGUUAAAAUCAGAAGAAAUCUAUCAUUUUGUAUCUAGCUGAAUUAACUUAUUAAUUUUUUCAGAAGUGAUCCCGUCAAGUUAAUAGCUAACUAAUAAAUUAAGUGUAAUUGAUAACAAAACUACAAAUGAGUGCAAUAGACUUCUCCAAUGAUAAUUCGUAAACAGAAAGAUUCCCAGGUGCAUACUGAGCUAACUAGUUUCAAUGUUUUCAAGGCAGUUGGAUAAAAACAAAUCAGCCAAAUUCUCUUUCCACAAUAGGUUGAAUUUUCAAAGAAGGGGGGAUAUAUUAACGUUCAAGACAUAGAUCUCUAAGACAGGUGACUGAGGAAUUAUACCAAAACACCCAAAUGACGAGUGAUCAUAUUGUUUUCAUGUAUAGCUCGCCCAACACAGUUCAUUUUGCUGAAAAAAUGAAAGAAUUGCUGUGGUACUUUGCAGUUUGAUAAAAAAUAUACAUAAAUAAAAUGAUCCAACAAUCUUUAUUAUCCACAACCACUUUCUUAAUAAUUCUAAGCUUCAAUUUGCAUGCAAAACAAUUGCAACUGUUGUGAAGUUCAGCUGAGCAGGCAGCAUCUGAACAAUAGAAAAUCUUUCCCCUUACUCCUCAUGUCCUUCCCAACCAUCCCUACAAUUUCAAAUGAAGAUGGGAGGGGAGAAAUUAGGUAGUGUGUUUUAAAAAAGCAAAUUUUGACUGAAGAGAAACAUAUUUGUCAUACCAUGGAUCUGAAGAUUUUGCCAAAUACAUGCCUGAAAGCUAGACUGAACAAUUUCUAGUGUUUGUGGUAAAUAGAAAACAGAACUAUAAAAUAUAUUUAGUGAGACAAUGGUAGGAGAAAAAUGCUGGAAUUUAUUAUGAAAGAAUUGCUAAAAUGUUUUUUUUUAAAUAGGAUUGACAAAAGAUUAAUGAAAGAAAUCAUGUUUGACAUAUCCGGUUUAAUUUUUUUAAGGUUGUAAAUAACAUAAUAGGAAGAGUGAACCAGUUGAUGCAGUGUAUAUAAUUAGUGUAUACAGCCCUCAAUAGAGUGCACGGUAUGAGCAAGUAUACUGGCCAGGACUGAGGAUUAGUUAAUAAGAUAUAUAACAAGGGUUGGGAUAACAGGUAAUUUUCUUGAUUUUGGAGAAUGUGGGGUGCCAUAGGGUUGGGGUUAGGGCCCCAUCUGUAUCAAAGGUUUGGUUGAGGAUAUCAAAUAUUAAAUAUCCAUGUUUGUUGGUGUACAAAAUAGUCAAGUCAAGUUUAUUCGUCACAUACACAUACGAGAUGUGCAGUGAAAUGAAAAGUGGCAAUGCUUGCGUACUUUGUGCAAAAAACAAACAAACAACCAAACAAACUAUAAACACAAUCAUGAACACACACAUAUUCUUUUACAUAUUAAAUAUUGGAAGGAAAAAUGUUCAGUAAAGUUAGUCCCUGGUGAGAUAGGAGUUCACAGUCCGAAUGGCCUCUGGGAAGAAACUCCUUCUCAACCUCUCCGUUCUCACAGCAUGGCAACGGAGGCGUUUGCCUGACCGUAGCAGCUGGAACAGUCCGUUACAUGGGUGGAAGGGGUCUCCCAUGAUUUUAUUGGCUCUGGAGUUGCACCUCCUGAUGUAUAGUUCCUGCAGGGGGGCGAGUGAAGUUCCCAUAGUGCGUUCGGCCGAAUGCACUACUCUCUGCAGAGCCUUCUUGUCCUGGGCAGAGCAAUUCCCAAACCAGAUGGUAAUAUUUCCGGACAAGAUGCUUUCGACAGCCGCUGCGUAGAAGCACUGGAGGAUGGCAAUGUGGUCAGAGAGGAUGCAGAAAGGCUUUGGGGAUGUGGAAAAUUUGGCAUGGCUCAUGGCAGAUGCAAUAUAGUGUGGAAAAUGUAAAGCCAUCUGUUUUGAUUGAAAAGAUAAAAGGUGAAGUAUUCUUCAAAUGAUGAGAUAUUGAUAAAUGUUGUUAAAAGACACUUUUAGCAGCGAGCAACUAGAUAGGCAUUGGAAAGUUGGCUAUGAUUGCAUGAGGUUGUGAGUACGAAUAGAGAUGUACUGUACCAGGGUCCUGAUGAAAUUAUAUCUGGAAUAGCGCCUAUGUGUCCGGUCCUAGUGAAGGAUAAACAUGUGACAGAAGGAGGUGUAGCAAACGUUGCGAUCCUAUUUUGGGGUGGCAACGAUAAAACAUUCUGUCUAGGAUGUCCACAACUAGUUACAUUUUCAAAAUAAGAGUUCAGGACAGAUGAGAAUACAUUUUUACAGAGGGUACUGAUUUUUUGGAAUUCUCUACUCGAGAGUUGUGAAGGCUCAGUGUGGGAGUAUAUUCCAAACAUCAAUAGAUUUAUGCAGGUUUUGUUUCAUUAUUGUCACGUCCCAAGUACAGUGAAAAGCUUUGUUUUGCAUGCUAUCCAAACAGAUAUGCCAUAAAUAGAUACAAUCAGUUCCAACUCGAGUACAUUAGAUAGAGCAGAGGGGAAGAUUGGUUAUAAUUUGCAGCAUUGUAGUGUCGCCCGUUCCUUAGGCAAAGUCCAAUGUCUUUAAUGGGGUUGAGGUGUAUCGAACAGUACCCCAGCUGAUGGAAGGACCAUUCAGUGCCUAAUAACGGAGGGGAGAAGCUGUUCCCGAGUCUAGCGGUGAGUGUUUUACCAAGCGAAUGAAGGAAUGUGCAGAUAGUGUAAGAAAGUAGUGUUAGGUUAAAAGAUCAACCACAAUCUAAACCACAAAUUUAUAUCUUAUGAAGAUGCAGCUACCCGGAGAAAUUUGUCUGCAUUUCCUGCCUAAUUUACUUUCAUGAGAUAGACCUUCUAUCCUAGGUACCAAUCAUCACUGUGCUCUAUUUAUACAUAUCAAUCUCCAUGAUCGACACAAUCUCUGAUUGACACAAUUAACUGCAGUUGUUGGAAUUUUGAGCAAAACACAAAGUAUAGUUUGAGUAGGAUGUCCAUGUUAACUCUGUUGUUGCUAUUGUUUUCUAAGAGUCCUAAUUUAAUACUAAUCCUAAAGAGAUUCCAGUCAGUAUUCCAGAACUGUAUUUUGUUCCAGAUGAAUUAAGCAUAAUUCACAGAAUACAACAAGGAUACUUUGUUGCAUCAUUUUGCUGGAAUAUUGAUCAAUUCAGGAUUUGAGGCUAGGAGAGUGUAUGAGGCAAACUAAACAUUUCCCCCCGUAAUGUAUUUUCUCCUAUGUUUUCAAUGAUGUACUUUGCUGUGAAAUGUUUGUGGUUUAAGAAAUUCACUGAACUUUUCUGAACAAUUGUAUAUAAUGGAAUGAAAUUAGGAAAUGGAAGAUUACACAGGUCCAUAAUGCAUGUUUGUAAAAUAAACCUCAAAUGAAUGCAAUUACAGGUUACUUUGUUAAUAAUUAAACUGUGAAUAAAAGACAAAUUCUGAAAUAAA